AUGACUAUGAAAGUGCGAAAAGCAGCCACCGGUAUACACAACAAAUGGAGGAAUUUUCUUGCCAAAGGUGAAACUAGGAAAGCCCCAGAUUUUGGUCAGCGUUAUCCAACUGCAGCAGACAUGCUUGAAAUGACCUAUAACUGCAGCUUGGAGGAGAAAGCUCGUGAGCAAGAUUUGUGCACCAGAAUUCCA